AUGCCGGAUGACAGCGCGGGUGACGCGAUGCUCCCUCCCAUCCGCCCUCUUCCCAAGCCGCACCGCUGCCCUUUUGUUUUUUUCCUGCUUGUCAGGCGACGCAAGCCUCGUUGGCAGCGAGGCCUCCAAUCUCAGCAUCGCUACGCCGUGGUCUCAAACAUGGGCCCAGCCAUGGAUGCGAAACAGGUACGCCCGCAAGCGACCCUGCCCUGCCUCGCGCGACAGGGCCCGGCUCCCAAAUUCCGCCGUCGUUUUUUAAACGCAGAGCCAUUUGUUGCCCGCAAUACUGCCACGAGUGACGGCGGACCUGCCCAGACUUUGCCAGACUCAGCACACUGUGCAGCUUUGGUCAGCAAGCGUUGGACCAUGGCGCCGGACAAGUGGAUCGAGUCGACUGGAGCCCGUCUCCGCCCUCGACGCCGCCGGCCUACACACUACUAA